AUGUUUAACUGUCAAUCUCUGCAUAUAGUUUACUACUUCCUUGUUUUUGAAAUUAGGACCCGCAUAAAAUGGGAUGAAGCUAAUCUGAGAGAAAUUGAGAAAGAAAAGCCUGUCAGGAAAAAAAUUGCUGAACCGAAGACACCAUAUCAUCCUAUGAUUGAGGAAGAUGGCUAUGUGUCUCCUGUAAGGGAUUUUGUUGGAUACAGGGAUUCUGCUGCACAUGCUGCAGCUAUAAGAAAUGCAUUGGAUAAAAUAAUUUCAAGCCAGAAGCAUUUCACCCAUUUUAGGGACGCGGCAUCUGGUGGGGAUGAGAUAACCAAUGACCUGGAGCAUGAUGAAGGUUUUCAGAUUAUUAGCUAUUACACAGUCAUUCUUUAAUGUCCACUGUUUGCUUUUGUUUCUCCCUAACCUUUGUUUUGACCUCAUAAAUAUGCAUUGUUUUUGUCACCACCUAACCUAUAGGCCGGACUGGUACUAGUACUUGGAUCAGCUUAAAGCCCCCGAGACCCGUAGUAAGCCGAACC